CCUGAAUAUUUCUCCAGUUGAAUAUAAUACAAUAAAAGUUAUGGAGUCAAUCGAGUUUGAGAAUAUCCUUUCUAAAGAAUACGAUGGAUGCACCUCCAACUUCUUAAAGAUAGGCCAGGCAGGAAUAAUGUUUGACUGAGGAAUCCCUGAUGAAGUUAACCAAGAAGUGUUAGACACUUAUGAUAAAUACAUGAGCCAAGUUAAUAUCAUUUGUCUCACUCAUGCAACUUUUAGGCAUUGUGGAGCACUUCCAUAUUUAAGGAAGAAGUAUGAUUUCAGUAAGAUAAAGGUAUAUGCCACCUUCCCUGUGAACAAACUAUCCCCAACGUGAAUGUAUGAGUACUACAUAUGCCAGAUGAACCUAGCCAGCUUUGAGAUAUUUACAAUUGAGGAUAUAGAUCUAGUAUUUGAGGAAGUGAAUCCUGUUAAUUUCAAGCAGACUCAUCAUUUCAACAUAAAAGAUUCAUGCUUUUCACUAAUUGCUCUUAAUGCAGGCUAUUCAUUAGGAGGAGCUAUCUGGGAGAUCAUUUUCAACUGUAAGAAGCUCAUCUACGCUAUUGAUGUAAAUGAUAAAAAUGAGUGUAUCACUGAGCCCUUCCUGAUCAGUGAGCUCCAAGAUGCAUACUGCUUGAUUACGAAUACGUAUAUUGCUCCAUCGAUUGACGGAAAACAGAAGUGAUCUCAUUUACAGUCUUACAUGAGUAAGGAGAGGCUGAAAUACAAUAUUCAGAAGACUAUUCUAGAUCACCUAGAUUUUGAAGAGAAGGCAAAUGCGAUACCAGAAGGACCACAGCCGCCAAGGGAUUAUAAUCAAGCAGAUAUGGAUCAAGUGCCGAUCAGUGAAGUUCUCAUGAAUUAUGGGUUAGUUGGAAAAGACACAGAUUAUGAUUCAAGUGAAUAUCCGCAUGCUGGCCAAUAUGAUGCUGAAAUUUUGAUCUGUUGUGACAAUUUCAGUCGAGUAUUAGAAGUCCUGUUCUUCCUAGAAGAUUAUGCAAGUCAGAAUAGAGACUUACAGAAAAUACCAAUUCUUUAUCUUGAUCAUAUGAGCAAUGAGUUAUUAGAAAUUGCUAGGAGUCAUAUAGAAUGGAUGAAUAACCACUUGAAUACUACAUUCGUAUACAUCGACAUCAGUCCUAUCAACUUCAAUCACAUCAAGGUGCUAUCAAAGGAAUCAGAGCUCCAAAAUUACCCGAAUCCAAGAAUAGUUGUGACCACUACUUCAACAUUUUUACUUGGACAUUCCAAGAAUUUGCUUCCAAAGGUGUUAACCAACAGAAACUCAAAACUAAUUUUUAUAAAUAAGCAGCUUUCUCAUAAUCUUGGGCCCAAUCUCAUCAAGGGGGAGUUGAUGAGUUACACACAUAAGAAAGUAUCUGUAGAGAAGAUAAGACAAGUAACCGAGUCUGUGACUCAAGAUGCAGACAUGAUGAGCGAUAAGCCUCAAGAAGAGGAGAAGAUUAAAGACACCCCUUCCGAACAACUUCCAAGUAUAGAGGAAGAUGACGAAGAUAUUGACCUCUCUGGGUAUAACUCAAAGCUAUUUGCUCAUACUGAUUAUGACAUGUUCCCUAUUAGGAACCUUGAUAAAGAUGAUACUUACCAUAUCGAUGCUUAUGGAGUCUUUAAAGCAGAAGAAUCAGAAGAUCCAAAGAAUAUGCUGAAUAACAUUAUUUAUCACUUAGGAGCUGGCCAUGACCCAGGGGCCCUUGAGGAUAAAGAUAUGGGAUUUGGAGCUACAACUUUGAAUAAUUCUGUAUCAUAUCCUGAAAUUAUGGACCAUUUUAAAACCUAUAAAUAUCUCCAUCAUUAUACGGAUGAGCACGUGAGUAUUGACUGUAAGACAGCCUAUAUUCCCUUUGAAGGAAGAAUUGAUAAGAAAUCAUUUCAGAUUAUGCUGUCUGAGACUCGGCCUAAGAAUCUAAUCGUAGUCAAUGCCUCCCAGCUGAAAGUAGAAAGAAUUAAGAAAUUUGUGAUGAAGAAUAAUUUAAACAUCAAUGUUGAAUAUGUGAUGAAUCAGAAUGGAAGUCAUGCUCAAGAUAAUCCAGGAGGUAUUCAUACUUUUAAGAUAAACUCGAUCCCUAAAGAGUCCAUUCCAAUUUCUCUACAUCCAGUUUUAUUAUCCUCAAUGAAGUCUGGGAAGAACAUAUCGAUCUUCGGUAGUAGGUACAAUGUGCAAAGAGUGUAUGGAAAAUUGUCUAGUUCUUCUGAUGUAGCUGACCCAACUCCUAAGCCAAGUUUAAAGUACAAGGCCAACUAUCAGUUAUCAGAUAUACCUCCUAAGGACCCAGAGUUGCAAUCCAAGGAGAAGUAUUUGUUCGAGAGUUCAACACUUUUCUUCACAGAUUUGACACAUAGGCUAAGUGAUUUACAGAAGUUCCUGUUUGAUAAGGGCUAUAAUCUGCAGAUGAUCAAUAAGAAAUUGAUGUAUGAGAAGAAAGUUGAAAUUUACCAGGAUUCUAAGGGAGACUUCAAGAUUAACGGAAUGUUGUGCCAGCAAUUCUUGCAGAUAAGGAAGUUAAUUUAUGAGCAUUAUAAUGCUGUUUAG